CGCGUUGCCGCCAUGUUGGCUUGGCAAAACAGAAGACGGACAGAUCAGGAGAAGCCACUGUGAAUUCAAGAUCCCUCCCUUGUCCCCUCUCUCCCUUGACACCACGUCCAGUCAAGGAAGGCAGUUGUUUUUGUUUCGACCUGUCCCCACGUAUAGCUGAACGAAUCAUUGUGAUAGAUUAAAAACAAAAAUAGUUGUUGUUUUUUUGGGGGGUUUUUGAUUGCCAGCUACUUGUACACCCCCGCUGGACGCCUGUCAUCAUGUCGAAGCCGGGCGAUCGAAGCAGUGUAGCGCAAACUUAUAAAAUCGUCGUCGUGGGCGGGGGAGGCGUUGGAAAAUCGGCCAUCACCAUCCAAUUCAUUCAGAGCUACUUUGUGACAGACUAUGAUCCCACCAUUGAAGACUCUUACACCAAGCAGUGCGUCAUUGACGAUGUCGUCGCUAAAUUAGACAUCUUGGACACUGCUGGUCAGGAAGAAUUCAGCGCCAUGAGGGAGCAAUAUAUGCGUUCCGGUGAAGGAUUCUUGCUCGUCUACUCGGUCGCCGAUCGUUCUUCCUUUGACGAAUUGCCUCGUCUCCACAGGCAGAUUCUCAGAGUCAAAGAUCGCGACGAGUUCCCCAUGUUGAUGGUAGCCAACAAAGCGGAUCUCCAACACCAAAGAAUGGUCUCAUCGGAUGAGGGCCACUCUCUCGCCCGCCAGCUCAAAGUUCCCUACCUGGAAUGUUCGGCCAAGCUACGAAUGAACGUAGACCUAGCCUUCCACGAGCUGGUUCGGCUCAUUCGUCGCUUCCAAGCUCUAGAACGGCCGCUCACGUCUAGCAAGGACCAACGUCAAGCACGCAAACGGCGUAAGAUGUGUAUGCUCUUGUAACACAAAGCAACAAAACGAAAACGUUAAAAGAAAUUCACAAUCAACUGUCCCCUCUCCCGUUUUACCUCUACUCCCCCCCCCAUCUCUUCGUUCAAAUCGUGCAGCCUGAAGAAA